CGUCUAUCACACCUGCUUUAGUGUUGGCCUGUGGUGGUGUUGUCCUUCUCCCAUGUCGACAGAGUGAUGAGUAUGGAGGGGAACAAAAAUUUACCCUCCUCGCUCGCGUGCGUUUCGGCAAUAUCCGGCCCAUUAUAGCUUGACCGUUGCCUCGUCCCUUCGUUACAACCAUCAUCUUCUACCGCUAAGCAGGAACGUUAUCAUGGCUUACCGACGACGAGGAAACAAAAUCAAGGGCGUCCAGUUCACUAUUAUGGUCGUUGGCGCCUCGGGAACGGGCAGAACAACCUUUGUAAACACUCUUUGCGAAUCUGGCGUCCUCUCUCACAAAGUUUGCGACGACCCAAACAAUGCUCAUGUUGAGGAGCCCAUUCGAAUCAAGCCUCACAAUGUCGAACUCGAAGAGGAUGGGAUCCGAAUUGCCCUCACCGUCGUCGACACGCCAGGAUUCGGCGAUAACAUCGAUAACGAGUCCGCGUUUCAAGAAAUCGUCAAUUAUCUCGAGCGUCAAUACGAUGACAUUUUGGCGGAGCAGUCUCGUAUCAAACGUAACCCACGAUUCAAAGACAGUCGGGUCCACGCCUUGCUGUAUUUCAUCCCUCCCACCGGCCACGCAUUGAGGGAAAUGGACGUAAUCCUUAUGCAAAGACUCUCCCCUCGUGUCAACGUUAUUCCCGUCAUUGGACGUGCGGACUCUUUAACAAAGAGCGAACUAAGAGCCUUCAAGAAGAGGGUAAUGGAAGACAUUGAACACUACGACAUUCCUAUAUACAACUUCCCGUAUGAUGUCGAGGAAGACGACGAAGAUACCAUCCAAGAAAACAUGGAGUUGCGGUCCAUGCUCCCCUUCGCGGUGAUUGGAUCCGAAGAGGAAAUCGAACUUGACGGAGAACCUGUGCGCGCCAGGGUGUACCCAUGGGGUAUUGCUGAGGUCGAUAAUCCUCAACACUCUGACUUUUCACGAUUGAGAAGUGCGAUCUUGAGCUCUCACCUCGGCGACUUGAAGGCGCUCACCGAAGAUGUGCUUUACGAGACUUACCGAACGGAGAAGCUGUCUCGCGGUGUUAACUCUGAUGCGCGUGACUCGAGUCUACUUCCUGAGGAUCUGGCUAACCAGAGUGUACGACUGAAGGAAGAGCAGCUUCGCCGUGAAGAAGAGAAGUUGCGCGAAGUCGAGCUCCGUGUGCAACGCGAGAUUAAUGAGAGGAGGCAACAACUCUUGGCAAAAGAGGAAUCACUUCGAAACCUCGAAAGUCGUCUUGCUGCGGCAAGCUCCCCCAGCUCUCCGUUGGCCCCAUACUAAAGUUGAUAUUUAAGAACAUACAUAGUGGACCUUUAUACCUUCUAUAUACCCUUUUACGUUUCUUUCUCUUUUUUCCAAGUACAUAACGGUCUUUAUCUGUAUUUCAAUAUCUUGAUGCGUUACUCUGACUGUGCCGAGAACUAGGACUUCUUUUAACUUGGACAAGGUUCGUUGGUAGUCUGCUUUUCCCAGUUUAUGCGCAGUGUAGUAGCACUGUCAUAGUAGUACUGAUGCUUCGCCCGCCUAACCUCCUGUGAACGCAGGAUCUCGGAUGACAACUUGAAAGAUAAAGAUUCCACUCGCGAUGAAAAUUCC